UGCAUUUUUGUGACAUAAGAGAAUGGAUUUAGCCAUAUCAUGAACGAUGUACUACUAGACAUCUACAUGCACUUUGUCAUAAACAUAUGUCAAAAAUAUGAAAGUUUGCCCUAUUUGCAACUAGUUACUAGGCAUGGUAGGAUCUAAUAAGUUAUAUGUCUAAGUUAAUUGUAAUAUAUCUUAAGUUUAAAACAUAGUCACAAAACUUGCCAAACGUCCCGCACUUCAUUUCACUUCACUUUAUUUGUUUUACCAGGAGCGUACACUCAGGUCGAAGCUAGACCUGCUUUUCAGGCAGGUUCCACGAUGGUCAUCAUCCUCGGGUCCGUCCUCGGGGGAUUGCUCCUGCUCAGUCUUGUCUUCUUCUGCAACCGCCGGACGAUUGUAAAACGCUUCAAGAUAGUCAAGGCCCAUCUGUGGCCGAAGAUUCCAGGACCGGAGAACUUCUUGGCGCCUCCAAGUUCGGAAGAAGACUACUACCAAGAACUGGACCACGUUCCUCCUUUCGUCUACCUCCCACCGGAACCGGAAAUGGUGGACGACAUCGCGGAGGAGAGGAGGAAGCUGCUGGCGAGUCUGCCCGAAGGGUCGUCAGGGGGCGCUAAUUCCGGCGGCAGCAACCUGUACGCCAGUGUGGGACGGGGCAGUCGUGUCGUUUCCACGGCAACGGACGGUGCAGAGCGAUCCGGCCAUGACGCCAGUUGCCAUGGUAGCAGCGAAGAGGUUGCUGGCAUAACUACUGUGCCAAAUGAACCUGUUUCCAUGUCGACAGAGGGCGACGACGCCCUCAUCCUAAAUGCCCGGGCCAUCAACAACUACGUACAGGUGGAUCAUUCAAGUCGUCAGGUCACCCUGGCAACGGGAGGCGCCCCACUGGUCAGUUCUGGAAACGGCACAGGGGGGUCAAGGGUCAUGCAGAACUACACGCAGGUGUACCAUCGCGGCUAUCCCGUUGACAUGGUAACGGAGGGCGAUAAACUGGCUUCUUUCGAACUCGCGGAGACGACCCCCCGCGAAGUCGGCACGACGGUGUGGAUGUCACAGCCCAUCCAGGACUACGUGCAGUCGAGUUCGAAUGUCGCCAUGGCAACGGCUGGUGCGCAUGCGGUUUCCUUCGGAGCAGCUGCGCGUGAUGAGAAGGUUCCACCAGUUGGAAAAAACGGAGAACUGAGUGCGGCUCAACACAUGAACGACUACGUACAAUCUACCAAUGUUCAAGUUCAUAAAGACUGCCCACACCACUGAGCAAGCAGAUUCUGUUCGAGGCAACAGACAGACGAACAAACAAACAAACAAACAAAUA